GGGAUGCCCUGCCUCAGCCAUUACAAAAAAUCAUAAACAUGGUUCCAAUUUUUAUACACCGAACAAUCACAAUCCGAAUUUGCGAAAGGGGAUGGCGCCGGCGGGAUUGGAUUUGGAUUUGGAUUUGUACUUGCCCUCCCAAGCCGAAUAAAACUCUUGCAGUCUGGCUGGAUCCCCUAUUCCCCUCCCUCAAAUAAACCGUCCCCCUUCACUAGGGAAGGGAAGGGAAGGGAAGGGAAGGGAGACGCCGGAGGCUGGAGGGGAUUUGAAGAGACCGCCGUGCGGCGGGUCUGGAUUUAGAUUGAAAUUCCACUGGAGGGAAGGAAGGAGAGAGAGAGAGAUCUAUUUAGGUUACCACAAGUCAAUGGAGCGGCAGCCGGCAGUCCGGCGACGGCGAGCUCAAGACACUAAUGGAUUGGUUGCUUCACAGGCCAAAAUAAAUGUCUUGCCCUGUCAGCAAGAUGAUGAUUCUCAGGGUGAUUCACAGAUGCCAAACCUUCCAGAGGACAUUUGGCGUCACAUACAUUCCCUGAUGCCAAUGCGAGAUGCUGCCCAAGCUGCCUGUGUCUGUCAUGCUUUUCUACGUUCCUGGAGGUGCCAUCCCAACCUCACUUUUUCUGGCACAGCAUUGGGUAUGAAUAAAAAGACUUGUGUAAAUGAUGAAAUUGCCAGAGACUUUCGUAGCAAGGUUGACCAGAUCCUGAAAAAACACUCAGGCAUUGGUGUGAAGAAACUUAAACUUACGAUUGACAUGAUUCAAUAUUACACUGCCAAGGAUUAUUGUUAUGUCAACAGUUGGCUUCUGAUUGCUGUCACACCAGGAAUUGAGGAACUUACACUCCAACUGUCUAUGGGGGAAUACAAUUUUCCAUGCUCACUUUUGUCUAAUGGGAGUGGAGAGUCAAUCCGUUAUCUCCAUCUUUGUGGUUGCUCCUUUCGACCCACAGCUGAACUUCCUUGGUUAAAAAGCUUGACAAAAGUGCGGCUUCAUGCUGUCCGUUUUACUGGGGAUGAGUUAGGGUGCCUUCUGUGCAAUUCUUUUGCUUUGGAGCGGUUGGUUCUCACGCAUUGUGAUGAGAUGGUUUGCUUGAAGAUCCCUUGCAUGCUGCGCCGGCUCAGGUACCUACAGGUUUUUGGCUGUGAAGAUCUGCGAGCGAUAGACAACAAAGCUCCAAAUAUAUCCAGCUUCUUGUACAGCGGAGAACACAUUCAACUGUCACUUGGAGACACAUUGAAAAUGGAGUACAUACACUUGUAUUUCGGACGUGCACUUCAUUAUGCUUGUGUUGAACUUCCAUCCAGCAUGCCAAACCUCAAAAUUGCUAAUAUAGAUUCGAGAAGCGAGAUGGCCAAUACACCAGUGCCGCGCAGCAAGUUUCUCCACCUCAAGAAGCUAAUUAUUAGUCUUGACAUAAUAGCCUUUUCCUAUGAUUAUUUUUCUCUAGUUUCCUUGCUUGGCGCUUGCCCCUCCUUGGAGACACUGGUCUUGGAUGUAUCCAAGGAGAAAAUGGAGCAUGUCUCCAUAUUCACAGAUCCCUCAGAUCUGAGGAAAGGACAGCAGCAUCACAAGAUGAAGAGAGUGAAGAUCCUAGGAUUCACAUCUGCAAAGAGUCUUGUUGAGCUUACUUGCCAUUUUCUUGAGAGCAUAACAUCACUUGAAUACCUUAGGCUGGAGUCGUAUCAGAGUCGUCCAAGGUGUUGUGUGCCUGCUAACAAACGUCGCAAGUGCUUCCCACUGCCCAUUGAUGUUCUGAGGGAAGCUCAACGAGGACUCUUGGCUAUCAGGACAUACAUUGAGCCUAAAGUCCCUUCCAUGGUAAAGCUACGUGUGGUUGAGCCUUGCCGCCGUUGCCAUGCUGCUGUUGAACUUUAGAUUAGAUGUGUAACUCAUGAUUACUCAAUGUUUUAUUGUCUGGUCUUUGGAAGUGUCAUUGUUUCUUGAAGCUAUAUCAUCAGAAGUCCAUUUUGUAGCCGGAAGUAUACUAGACAGUAUUCUUUUACAUAUGCUUGGAACCUUGGCCAACCCUAGGUGACGCCGCCGCCGCCAUGUUGGUAUGUUGUUUUGAAAAUGUUGUCAUAUGCUUGGAACCAGGUUUUUUAAUUGUGUCCAGUGAAGUAUACUAGACAGUAUUCUUU